GAUGCUAAGACAUUCAUCUUGAACACAAUGCCCGUUCCACAGCCAGAAGCGUGGAAGAACAUCGUGGGCGCGCCAAUUCACGAGGGCUUUGUGCUCAUGGCGCUCAGUGCGCUCGAUGGUCUCGUCGAUAGGCACUACCUUCCCACCCAACGCCACGUUCAGCUGCUCCUGCACCUUGUAACCGACCCAAAGGUUAAGCAGGAAGAUCUCCGCCGGGUCUCAUCGCCCCUCUCCAUCCUCUACCGCUACCUCGACCUGUUUGGGUCCGACCUCCUCCCGUUGAUUCCACAGUUACACAAAGGCGCCACUGCCUACGAUAACCUGAGAACUCCAGACUGGCUGGCAUGGAAGCCAAACGGUCAGCUUGAGCGUGUUGUGCGCAAGCGAGUAUUGGACGGCGCGAAGCACGGCAUCUGGGUCUUCCUUUCCGAGCCAGUCACCAAGAUGGCGUCCCCAAAGAAGGUGUUCAAGAAGCGACGACGUAAAGGGGAUGAGGACUCGGAAGACGAGCGUGAAACACCUUCGAUCUCGGACGAUGGUUGGGGUGUGCUUGAGUGGCUCGUGGCACUAUGGUCCAAGUCACCACCCUCACUCCUCCAGCAGCUACAUCAACCUGCCUCAGCCAGGCUGCAGUAUGAUGACGCUGGUAUAGUCUUCACGCUUGUGCGCGCCGCCUUUCUCCCAACAGAUCCUCCAACGCCGCCUAGUGUCCUAUUUACUCGCCGAGAAACAGCGGGCAGGCUUCUUUCCCUCUUGAUCGAUCUUGCGCGCCCUCCCAAAUCGCCGUUCCACACGCAGUCACUAGUGCUCUCGUUGGUCACUGUCUUUCGCGUGCCCCCAACGCAUAUCCAGGCCCUUUCCCGAGCGAUCAGGGACUGGAAUGCGCGUGCGUAUAUCCUUGCAGUUGUCCUCGAGGAUGCAGCUGGGGUGCGCAAAGAGCGUGAGGCCGCGCGUCGCUCCAAUGUCGCAAGCCGCUCAACCUCACGCGCCCCUACAGUCAUGACUACCAGAGCGUCGGGCACGGCAGCAACCCGUAGCCGGAGCACAACGCUCGCGAUCGAGGCCAUCCCGGGCGUGAUGAGUCUUUCCAUCCCGUUCCAGGCGCCCGACGUUGGCUACGUGCUCGACCUCCUCGCUUUGGAGGGUGACGACCGCUCACCUGUCCUCGCCGCCGAGCUUGUGUCCCUCCUCGUCUCACAUGUACCUCAGGACGAUGCCUGGAUGCGCCUCGACGACAAGUUCAUCCGCGAGUACGACGGUGUGCUGGGCCGCGUUCUCAUCAUGGCCCGCAAAAAAGCCGACACAGCGAAAGGGCGCAAGUCGACCAUCGGCGUCACAGUUACGUUCACGAAACCCGAUGAACAAAUGGACGUCGAUAGCGAGACGCAGAGCACCAUGCCGCUAACACGAUCGCAGCUUGCGCGAUUUGCAAACGAGAACAAGGCGGGGACCGCUCCAAGUGGUACCUCCUCACCACUUUCGUCGCUUUCAGCCAGUACCGGUGACGGCGAGGAACGGAAGGAAAGCAUCUCACCGCAGCCCACGUUGGAGACAGUGCCACUGGGCAGCGCGCAGCUAGCCCAGUUUGACGAUAUGGUUAGCGGAGACGAGGAAGAGGGGAUGGAGGAGUCGCAGCUUCCCCCCGAAACGCUUCCGUUGACCAAGGAGCAGCGCGCUAAGUUUGCUAUCGAUGACGACAUGGAGAGCGCCGAGGGAUCGCAGCCGCAAAACGAGGAGGAUAAGAGCGACGAGGAGGAGUUGCAGCUGCCGGCGGAGACCUUGUCUCUCACUACGGCACAGCGGGCCCAAUACGCUGAAGAGCUUGACGGCGAGGACGAGGGCUCGCACAUCGCAUCCACGCCCGCGAAACAAGUGUCACCUGCUGAUAGUGGUAGAGAGGCGAGCGUGUCUGACAUCAUAGGCCAAGCACUAUCGCCAGGUGACAGUGUUAAAAGCGAGGGAUCGCAACUACAAGCCGAAACACAACAAUUGACACGUUCCCAACGGCGAGCACUGUAUGAAGACGAGGAGUCGCAGUUCUCUUGAUAUAUGUAGCAUGACCAUAAUUGUAUAUUACUCGUCCAGACGUGCGAGAACAUCGCGCUUGUCCUUUUUCCCGCCCUUGCCAUGGCCCUUGCCGUUAUCUUUGCCUGUAUGUCCCUCUUCGCCGUCGACACACGUGCCCUCUUCGCGGGCGCGCACAAGCCAGAACUCGUCAAGCACACUUGAGUUGCGCGCUGCAACAAACUCGUGCCGCAUGUGUGUGGCGUUGGCAAACGUGAGCCGC